CACACCGAUUUCUUCUCGACGGCUCUUACAAUUCCCCUAACCUAACACAACCAAUUCAUCCACCAUGGCAGCCAAUUCCCGGACGCUCGAGAUCACGGUCAUCUCCGCCGAGAAUCUGAAAUUAGAUCGAAAACCCAUCAAGAAAAACUCCUCUGUGACCGUCCGGACCGACACCAACUGUCAGUUUCGCACCACGGAUAUGGACACCGAUGGCGGCUCCUACCCUCGAUGGAACGAGAAGCUCGUGCUCGAUUUGCCAGAGCACUCGAGGUACCUCACGGUGGAGGUCCAAUGCAAGACGUCGUACGCGGUCAGGACGGUCGGGACGGCGACGAUUCCGGCGUCGGAUUUUGUAGGUGGGUACGUGCCGGAGGGUUACCUGCAUUUUUUGAGUUACAGGCUGAGGGAUCACAGGGGGGAGAGGAAUGGGAUUAUUAAUAUUUCUGUGAGAAUGAAGGUUCCGGAGAUGUAUGCUUGCUCAAGUUCAACGACGUCGUCUCACUCGAGAAUGGGGUUUCCGGGGGCUGAGAACAAUAAUUUUGGUGGCGGCGUUGCGACAGGAGUUCCGGUUUGGUAUGGUGCUUACCAGAAAAAACAUUAUUGAAGAUCCACCUGCAGAAGGAACAAGAGCAAAAUACAAGAAAAUUAUAGCUUCUUUUUCUUUUGGGUUCUGCUCACGAAUUUUUGUACGUAAAUAUCGGGUGCAUUUUUGCUCAUCAUCAAUGAGUUUAAAUUUUUAGAUUUUGUGUAUAUUAACUACACGGACCUUUAAAUUUAAAAUCAUUCAAAGGAAGUGAGCAUCAUCAUCACUUGAGAGUGAUGAGAACAAAUACUCCCGUAAAUGUUAGAGGAUUUAGACUCUUGGUUAAGGAGAAUGCCAAAUCAAUGACUAAUGUGUUCUUGAACAAAAUUUUAUGCCCACUUUUUUAUGGUAAUCUUUAUGUUACAAUUGAA